AGCAAUCGUAAGCGUUUGCCGACAGCGGGAGAGACAAAUUAGUUUACAAUCCUUUUUUGUUUGCACUUUAAAAUUGUCUAACAUUUCGAGACGGCCUAGUUGACUUUGUGUGUAGUAUCUUUAUCUUUACCAUAAUGCCACGAGGCGGAAAGAAGGGUCACAAGGGCCGAGGGAAACAGUUCAGCAACCCCGAGGAGAUCGACCGGCAGAUGAAAGCCCAGAGAGAGCUGGAAGAAAAUCCUGGUGCUGAGAAAGAGAGCUCAGAGUCUGGAGAUGAGAGCAGCAGCGAUGAGGAAUCAGAGACAAAGAAAAGGAGUGGGGUGGAGGGGCUCAUAGAGAUUGAAAAUCCCAACCGUGUUUCUCAGAAGAGCAAGAAAGUGACUGAAGUGGAUGUUGCUGCUCCCAGAGAGUUGUCUCGCAGAGAGAGAGAGGAGAUAGAGAAGCAGAAGUCAAAGGAACGCUACAUGAAGCUUCAUCUGGAGGGCAAGACUGAGCAGGCCAGGGCGGACUUGGCCCGACUGGCUAUCAUCAAAAAACAGAGGGAAGAAGCUGCCAAGAAGAGAGAGGAACUCAGGAAAGAAAAAGAAGUUGAAGAGGCCAAAGCAAAGCGCUAAUACCUCAUCUGAAAACGUGCACUUGAGUCCUGGAGGGAUGGAGGAGAGCGAGGAAAGGACCAACAUGAGGGACGUCAGAUCAGGGAUGCUCCUGAGCUUCUGGUUUUCACUUCAGAUCAGAGGAACUUUUACAUUCAGACAGAAAACGUGAAGCAAAAUGAAGAGGAGUGCAACAUUUAGGAUGCCUCUGUGCUUUCUGCUCAAAUAAUCGGAGCUUCAAGAGGAGACUUUGUGCUUCACCGCCUCUUCACUUUUAUCAUGUACCAGGGUUUUCAUUUUKAAGCUGCUAGAACCUCCAUUCCUCUUGACUUCUACAGUUUUAUAAGGUUUAUAAUAAUGUUUUCUAGCCUUUUUUUUUUACAGCGAGGACAUUGGUGCUGCGCUUUUCAUCAUGUGCUUUAUAAGAAGUUCAAUAUUUAGAAGAACAAAGAGACUGGUCUAAUAAUUUGAGUUGACUUUAGUUUUUUUCAGUUUAAAAUAACCUCAGUCUUUCAUUUUGUCAACAGUUAAAUAUUCUGCUCACGUUUCUUUUCCCCAGAAUUCAAAUAAAACAAGAAACUUUUUGUUCCCUGUAACUUUUCACUCUAUAUUUUACACAGUUUUGUCAGUAAAUGAGGUAUUUUACAGAUUCAAGAAUUUUCUGCCUCAGCAGCAGGAGGGUUGGUGUUCAAUGAUGUGAUUCACUUGCAUAGCAGGAGUCUUUACAGAAACCUUUACCACAUUAAAAAUGUUGUAACCGUUUCAAAUUA